AUAUUCAUCAUUCUGAAUCUCGCAGCUUUCCUUUUCAUCCUGGCAGCUUACAUUUUCAUUAUACUCACGGUCUUUAAAUCACAACGGAGAAUCACCUCAAACGGAGAAUCCAAUACCAGCCUCAACAGAGAGUCGACGCUCGCACGGAGAGUGUUCGCCAUCAUCUUAACUGACUUCAGUUGCUGGGUCCCUGUAGUAAUCCUGAGCAUUCUUGCUCUCUUUGGUAAAUUCAAAGAUCCUGACGGGACGGUUUAUGUGUGGUUUGCUGUUUUUGUUCUGCCAAUCAACUCCUCUGUUAAUCCAGUUCUAUACACGUUUUCAACGCCGAAGGUACUUGUUAAACACCCACAAAGUUGA